AAAUAGCCAUAAUUUCUUUGCUUUAUAUCAAACCAUUAAUAUUUGGCUUUAUACCCAAAAAUAAUAAUAACCAACUGUGAAAAAGGGGCUCACUAAUUUGAAUAUAUGUAAGCCCUUGUACUGAAAGUUGCCACUUUUUAAGGUUCUCUCAUGAUUUAAAACGAUCAACUUUUAUCCACGCGCAGAAAAAAUUUCAAACUGGGAACAAUUUUACGAAAGGCUUAAGCAAAACAAAACUGAAGAACAACUGUAAAGGGAAAAACACCAAAAUAAAUAUGCAGCCAAAUAAGAUGCAGCAACAAUUUCUUCUUCACAAGAAUAUACAUCUGCAUAAUUAAAGCCAAAAAGUUAGAGAACCUUUAACUAAGUACCUACAAAUAAAUAAUGAGAUUGUAAAAGAGUUAAUGCGAAUACAAGAGACCUACCCACAAUAUACUAAGUAAAUGGAGCAGGCAGCAUAACAAAAAAUAUAUAACCACAUACAAACAUACAUAGGUAUAAACAUACACCAUAUGCUCUUAUACAAUCAACAAAUCGAAAGCCAUAAGCCAAAUGUUAAUGUUCUUUAAUUAAAUUAUGAAAGAAGUGACGUAGCAGACUGCUACAAUGGCGUUUAUUAUUUAUACAGCCAGGCUGAAAGCGGUUGCCUUUUAUCGCAGAAUUUGUGAACAUAAAUAGUGGACCUCAACCGGAACAGUAUCGCUCAAUGAGUAUUGAGAAUGCUUGUUUGCUAUUUUAGUGCAUGUAAAUUUCGUUGCAAAAUUAAUUAUCAGUUAAGACAGACAUAGUAAAUGAACUUUAGUUUGGUUUUAUUUUAAAGGCCAUUUGGAGCCUAAGAAGUAAAAGGAACACGGUGUUAUGUAGCAACCAAAUAAAAAGGAACUACAUUUUUGAAAGCUUAGCUGCUUUUAUGGAAUUAAAUUAUUUAUAGAAUUAUUAUUAUUUAUUAAGAAGAAACAAAGUGAAACAUUUUCGAGACAUAUACUAUGGCAUCGCUUCGAUUGAUAAAUCGGUUAAUAAUACGUGGAUUCAUAUCUCUGUCUUUGUUGCUGGUUUUCUUCAACGAAUUUAUAGUUUAUUACAUCAACCAGACCACAUGGCAACAAAUUUAUUGUAAACACGAUAACUGUACAAGAAUAUUGUUUGUAGCGGAUCCACAAUUAAUUGGCAAUUCUUACGAGAAGGGGUUUUGGAGCCCUAUUUCGCGUUACGAUGCAGAUAGAUAUUUGAAAAAGACUUUUGAGCGAACACUAGACUUUACACAGCCACAUAUUAUUUGCUUUCUUGGCGAUCUCUUAGAUGAGGGAAGCAUUGCAAACCAACAAGACUUUGAUAGCUACGUCAAACGAUUCAAUCGAAUUUACAAUACGAACACAAACAUAAAACGGAUUCAUGUACCGGGAGAUAACGACAUUGGCGGUGAGGAUGGAGAAUAUAUUUCAAAUUCAAAUGUGCGCCGCUUCGAAGAGUCUUUCCAAAGUGAAGAUCUCUUUGACUACGAAAAUAUGUUACGGUUUUUUAAAAUAAAUCGGAUGAUGCUCGACUUUUCGAAUCCAGACCGUGAACACAAUGCACAACGCUUACGUGUAGGUAUUUCGCAUGCCCCAAUUCUCAUUGGUGGUGGACCACUUUUGCGUUCGGUACUUAGUGAAUUGGAUCCUCAUGUUAUAUUCUCUGGCCACUGGCAUGAAUCUAGAAUAUUCAUACAUCCAUCAACGCACGUAGUAAAUUUUUAUGAGUCGACAGUGCGACAUUUCGAUUUGCGCUCUCUAAAAGAGAAGGAGCAUCAGUAUCUGGAGAUUAUGGUACCUACAGCUUCGUACCGCAUGGGGAAAAUGAAGAUGGGUCUUGGGUACGCGGUGUUAGAAAACUAUCAACUUAGCUACACAGUACUCUGGCUGCCCAACCGAUUCAUUUAUCUGUUUUUAUAUUUAUUUUGGCUGCUUCUAUCAAUUUGUGGUUUCAUUGUGUUCAGAAUGAUGACGCGAUGCCCAUUUCGCGUAGCUAAGCGUCAAUCAUUAUACAACCGUACUUUAAACAUGUCUUAAUUUUAGAUAUAACAUAUAUGUAUAUAAAAUGUAAAAUUAAUUAACUUAAAAUCCAUAUUCUGUAAAGGUUGAAACCUAUAAAUAAUAUUAAAUAUUAAAAGUGUAAUCAGUAUCUGUUGAAUUUAUAUUGUUAUUAAGUAAAAUAUUAAAGAGUAACUCAUAUACGUUUAAUAACGA